AUGGAUUUAAAACAAACGUGUUUGGCGAUUAAUUUUCACAAGAGUGAAAAACUUUUAAUAGUAAUCUGGUUUCACAUGAGGAAACCUAACUCGCCUUCUUUUUAACAUAUUAAUUACCUUUGUUGUUUUAAAAUUUCAUAUAAUGGAGCUCGUCCUUGGUAUUGCGUGUUUUAAGUUAUUAAUCAAAAACACAACCAGGAUAACAAAUUACCAUUUGCUUCACUUUUUCUAGUUUCAACGUACCCCUCUGUAAAAUGAUUAGGAACUGAAGCCUUCAAGACUUUGAAAAUAGCAAAAUGGCCAGAGAAAUGACGCACUUGUAGAAAUCAUUCAGUGAAUUUAUUGUUUCAUUGUCAUGAAAGUUAUGCUUACAGAGUGGCGGGUAAUAAUUGCCCUUUUUUUUCGAUUUUUGUUUACUGAGUGAAUAAUAAUAAAUUUCCUGGUUGUUGUGUCGGGUUUUAAAACUCUCGUGGCGAGAAAGGAGCACUAACUACAAGAAAUCUGGACAAGCGAGGGUGUUCAAGGGUUCCUUCUAGGACAUUCAAGGAGCCAAAAAAGCAGGAUAGCAGCGCGCUGCUGUACAAAUCAGUACUACAAAAAAGUGGAUAAAUCGGUGCACACUCCGACUAAUUUCUCAAAGAAACUAGAUUUACAAUCUGAUACUCUACUCGAUUUUUAGGUACAGUAUGGAUGAAGGGGUAAUUUAAGCAUUAUUUAAAGAAUACAACGUGUUUCGGAUGAAUCAGUAUCCACUAUCCAUCGCCAGUUCACAUAAUUGUGACCUUAUAUAAAGUUUGAUAACUAACUUUGUGGAUCAUAAUGUUGAAUGUGAUUACGAUUUAACUUACUUGAAGACUCUUAUUUUCCUGUUCUCUGUCAUUUGUCUUGAUUUCCAUCCACCUUUUGAGUUGUAUUAGCAAAGUUAAUUACAUAAAACUAUGAUAAUUAAUUGUAAUUAGUUAGUCAGAGUGAUUUUACUCGAACCGUGAAAUAGGUAGUAGAAUACUACGCAAUNCUAACUUUGUGGAUCAUAAUGUUGAAUGUGAUUACGAUUUAACUUACUUGAAGACUCUUAUUUUCCUGUUCUCUGUCAUUUGUCUUGAUUUCCAUCCACCUUUUGAGUUGUAUUAGCAAAGUUAAUUACAUAAAACUAUGAUAAUUAAUUGUAAUUAGUUAGUCAGAGUGAUUUUACUCGAACCGUGAAAUAGGUAGUAGAAUACUACGCAAUAUUUGUUAGUAUCUGUUUCACGCUUCAAGUAAAAUCACGGCUCUAUAAUGAUCACCUUUUGCAAUUAUGAUCCUUUGUUGUCUAUCUCUAUGUAUGAUUACAAUUUUGUGAACUUUAGUAACCUGACGAUGGAUGUUGAUAUAUCCCAAGCGAGUCGGUUGUGUUCUUUAAAUGUUCAAUUUUCAUUUUACUACUACUGAAUUUCGAUGGACGAUAAAUUAUAUUUGCUUUAUGUUUAUCACCUCAGUUAGAUUCAGAUUCUAGGUAAGUACACUGACUCGUUUUAACUUCUUGCUUGCAGUUAAGUUUAAAGUCACUUGCGGAGAAGGCAUUCUUGCGUGUGGAUACUCAAUCGGGAUUUAACUUGCUCACGGCGGCGGUCGUUGAAGGGAAUUACAACGUUAUUUUGAAGUCGCACGGGCUACUAAGUGAUUUAGAAAUAAUGAUGACAGCAGUAGCUGAUACUCUCGCAAAUCUUGAAACCAAAAGGCCUGAUCAUCGCGAAAUUGAAAGCCUUUACCGAGAGACAGUGGAUAAAGUCAAUACACUGUCAGAGCUGCACUGGUGUAAACGUGGUAAUGAUGCGGAGAACGCAGUAGAGCUUGUAUUAAAUGAUGGCCUGGAUAUAAACACCCCUGCAUUGUGUAAUCGCACACCUUUGGUGUGGGCGAGUCUAUCAUCUUCUGGUGAGUUUAUUGAGACCCUUAUCGACCUUGGUGCCAACGUUAAUGCUCAAAGAACCGAUGACAAAGUUAGACCUUUGAUCUCAUCUGUUUAUUGGAAAAACUUCAUGGCAGUGCACUUGCUUUUGGAUCAUGGAGCUGAUGCUAAUAUCGCUGGAGAUGAUGGAUAUACUCCACUGCACAUUGCAGUGACGAAGGGUAACCAAAACCUUGUCAAAUUAUUUCUGGAAAAGAACGCGUUAGUAAAUACUCAGAAUGCUGAUGGCGAUUCACCACUGCACACGGCUGUCAGCAAAGGAUUUUUCUAUAUUACCAAGCUUCUGGUAAAAAAGGGAAGCAACGUCAACCUUCAAAAUAAAGAAGGAAGAACCCCUCUUUUCCUUGGUGUGAUGAACAAACAUGAACAGCUCAUCAAACUCUUGAUUGAAAACGAGGCUGAUGUAAGUAUUGGAUACAAGGAAGACUCAACAGAUAGAUUUUACCUUGUUCGUGGGAAAGAGAAACACACAGGUAGAGCAGCUUGGCACUAUGUCCUGGUGAAGAAACAUUUACUGGGUUUAUUUCUGAAGCGAACGAAUGGAGGCAGUCUUGAUGUGGCAGAUUUUGGAGAUGUUCUUGGGAGUGGUUGGGGAAAGGAUCCUCCAAAAGGCACAGGAAGCAAGCUUCAUAAGGAGCACGAGUCUGUGUUUAAAGAAAUAGCUGAUACGACCCUUCUUCACAUUGCAAGCAAUCAAAUCAACGAGCCCGAGAUAAUCGAUCUUUUGGUUAAGUCCGGGGCGAAUGUCAACGCCCAGGACGCUGAAGGGUUCACUCCCCUGCACAUGGCAGCGAUCCAUGGUAAUCUAAAAAUUGUGAAAAAACUUGUUGAUCUCGAAGCUGACGUUAAUAUCGCGACAGCCGAUGGAAAGAAUGCUGCUGAGUUAGCUCACUUGAAUGAAGAAUUGGAAAUUGAGGAGUAUCUCGAGUCG